AUGAUUUUACUAGAUUAUCAUAAUGUUGUCAUCGAAGAAACAUUAAAGCAGCCCAUCGUAGGUCUUGAACCCACCGCAUUGGAUAUGACAGCGGUCGAUUUUGACGGUGUUUCUUACCGUAUUUCGACGCCACAAUCAAAGAAUAUAAUCAAAUUUUCAAUGCUAAUGCAAUGCUUCAACGAACUUGUCCAAUGGGGGGCUCAGGAUAUGUUGCAUAAAGAAUAUGGCACUUAUAUUCUACCAGAGAUCGAAAGUGGGUAUGAUUUUAGUUUAGAGUUUGAUUUACAGAAAUUGCCUGAGGACAAAGAGGAAAGAGAAGCACUUGUGAAAAAAGUAUCUUUAAUCAAACGUAAUCUUUUGGCCCAACCCUUUGAACGGGCUUUUGAGCAGCAAGCUCAAUAUGAAGCUGAAGAGCAAACCAACCCCACACCUAUUCUCAUGCAAAUUCACUAUAGAGAUCAAGAAACUAUUUAUAUUCAAGCACUAUAUGAUAGAGUUACCGUAAUCUUUUCCACAUUAUUUAAGGAAGAAACAGAUAGAAUAUUUGGAAGAGUGUUUUUGCAGGAAUUCGUUGAUGCUCGUCGUCGACCAGCAAUUCAAAAGGCUCCACAAGUCCUUUAUUCUAGUAAAGACCCUCCAUUGGAAAUUAGACAUUUGUCUGAAUCACAAACCGAGGAUAUUGGCUAUGUCACUUUUGGUAAAGUUUCUCCUACUUUGCAUUACAGAUUUAAAUAUAAUGACUGUAUUAAUAAAUGGAUGUAUAGUCUUGUUCCCUCGCCAUUUUGUCAAGGGCGAAGUGCGAGAAAAAACGAUUUCCCAAAUCCAGCUAUUUCGUGA